AGGAGAAGGAUUUACGAAGAAAAGAAACUAACCCAAUAAAACAGGAACUGGGUGUAUAAAGCAGCUUCACCUUCAGUUCUCCUCACAGAAUCUGAUCUACUAUCGCUCCACAAUGAAGCUUAUUUCAGGAGCUCUGAUCCUGUUUCUGAUGGUGUCCAUAGCCUAUGGACUGAGAUGCUACACUUGUGUGAACAGCAGUCCCAGCAGCUGCACACAGGUCUUGUCUUGUCCCACUGGCUUCGACCGAUGUUCCAGCGUCACAGCUUCCGGGUACGUCACAAAGAGCUGUAUGCCCAGUCAGUUGUGUAUAAGCCCAAUAAAAUGCUGCAGUGGGGACUUGUGUAACGGUGCGAUACCAACUGGUCCCAGUGUCCUGCUCCUGCUGCUGUCUUCAGCCAUCAUCACAUUCUUUGUCUGAAGCUCUGAAACAACAACAACAGAAUGGAAUGUACAGAAAAUGUAUUGAAUGUACAACUCAAGAGUAACAAACAAUCUUUUAAUAUGUAAAAGAUGUUAAUGAUUACACAUUAAAAUCUUAUCAGUGAAACGACAAUAAUGUAUCAACCCCGGAAAUCACUUUACAUUGCUAUCAAAUACAGCAAAAACAGCGUUUUUAUGAGGGCCAGUUACAAAGAUAAGGACAUAAAGUGUGUGCUGUAGGUUAGUUGAUAUGAAUAAUAAAAGCAACCGUUGGACCUUUUGGGCAUCUGUUUUGAUGUAUUUUUACAUUCAUCACCAUGUUUGCUGAAGUGCAAAGUGCAAAAGCUAUCAAUAAACUUUGACCCAAAAACA